AGAGGUUAUUUGCAACUAACCAACACCUAAAUGUGAAGAUUUACCUUAAAUAUAUAUAUAAAAAAAAAAUCUCAUUUGAGUAACCGCUAGUACUGAUGAAGAUCCAGCCACGUGGAGUAUACUAAAGGUACACGGUACACCUCCCACGCCACAAAGCACGACGCAUCGAAACGCCGUCGUAUUCAACCACCACCACACUACUCGCUACUCCCUACAUAUCCCCAAAAGCUGGAAUCUUCUUCUCCUCAAAAUGGAUCGCUUCUCACUCCUCCUCCUACUCCUCUCUCUCCUUUAUCUCUCUCCGGCCACCAGUUUCCGGUUUCCGGAAACCAGAUCACCGGCAACACAAGCUCAAAAGCUCAUCCGAGACCUCAACUUGUUCCCCAAACACUCCGUCAACAUCCUCGCUCGCCAUGCUACAAACGCUUCCUUCCGUGCUACUAAGAUCGUCGAGAAGCCGUUUAGGUUUCCUAAUUUCGUUGAUGCGGAUGGCGUUUCUGUUGAGGACUUAGGUCAUCAUGCCGGUUAUUACCAGAUUCAACACUCCAACGAUGCUCAGAUGUUUUACUUUUUCUUCGAGUCACGGAACAACAAAAAUGACCCUGUUGUUAUCUGGCUGACUGGGGGACCAGGUUGUAGCAGUGAGCUUGCCCUUUUCUAUGAAAAUGGUCCAUUCAAAUUUGGAGAGAACUUAACUCUUGUCUGGAAUGAGUACGGGUGGGACAGGGCAUCACAUCUACUGUAUGUUGACCAACCUACUGGGACCGGUUUUAGUUACAGCUCUGAUAAAAGUGACAUUCGCCAUGAUGAGCAGGGUGUGAGUGAUGACCUAUAUGACUUCUUACAGGCAUUCUUUGCAGAGCAUCCUGAACUUGUAGACAAUGAUUUCUAUAUUACCGGAGAGUCAUAUGCUGGCCAUUACAUUCCUGCUUUUGCUGCUCGGGUCCACCAAGGAAACAAAGCGAAAGAAGGAAUACACAUAAACCUAAAGGGUUUUGCCAUCGGAAAUGGGCUCACGGAUCCAGCAAUUCAGUACAAGGCUUAUACAGAUUAUGCAUUGGAUAUGGGGCUUAUUAAGGAGUCCCAGUAUAAACGCAUCAACUUGAUCGUUCCAGUGUGCGAAGCUGCAAUAAAACUGUGUGGUACUGAUGGAACAGUCUCUUGUAUGGCUGCAUACUUGGUAUGCAACGCAAUUUUCAGUUCAAUCAUUUCUAUUACCGGCAAUAUCAAUUAUUAUGACAUUAGAAAGGAGUGUAUUGGGAGCCUGUGCUAUGAUUUUUCAGACAUGGAAACAUUUCUUAACAAGAAAUCGGUCCGAGAAGCUCUUGGAGUAGGAGAUAUAGAGUUUGUUUCCUGUAGUACAAGCGUGUAUCAGGCUUUGCUUAUGGAUUGGAUGAGAAAUCUCGAGGUCGGUAUUCCCGGUCUUCUUGAAGAUGGAAUUAAGCUGCUUGUAUAUGCUGGAGAAUAUGACCUCAUCUGCAACUGGCUCGGUAACUCGAGAUGGGUUCAUUCUAUGGAAUGGAAAGGAAAGGAACCGUUUAACGCCUCUUCUGAAAUACCUUUUGAAGUUGAUGGAAGAGAAGCAGGCUUACUUAAAAACUAUGGGCCACUUAGCUUCCUCAAGGUUCAUGAUGCGGGUCAUAUGGUUCCUAUGGAUCAGCCCAAGGCUGCACUGGAGAUGUUAAAGAGGUGGACCGAGGGUUCGCUUAAAGGAACUGCAAGUGAGACUGAAUCUCUGGUUUCUUCCAUAUAAUAGUUGUUUGUAAAUAAUGCUGGACAGCCUGCCCUGCCCACGGAACAUAUCGCGCUUUAGGUUUAACCUAGCUGCACCAUAAAGAGUAGGACCCACUAUAAGCAUCUUUUAGUUGCUUUUUCUUAUUCUGUGGAUUGCAAAUGUUGUAGUGAACCUUGGAUCAAUGUGUCUGUCAUGGUAAUGUUCACAGACAACAUGAUCUCUUGAAAUGCUUUGCUUUUAGGUCCA